AAGCAGGACUUGUUGUCAGACUUCGCAAAUGCAAAAGUCAAUGUGAUUUCAGGCGAGAUUGUACGGGCCCAGCCUAGAGCUAGUUUGAAACACGAGAGGGCGUUCUACUUCAAACAUCCCUUGCCGAAUCCUCUUGCACUAGACUAUCGAAACCACAGGCCGGAGGUCUGCAAGUUGCGGUCCACGUGUCAAAGGUCAUGGCUCACAGCCUGAGGUCAAGACAGGUGUUCACCAAGAUAGUUAAACAACCAGUAGAAGACGAGGAACCAGACCCCACCACACAAAGUAAUCAGUCAACGAGGGUCACAACAACAGAAGGAAAUAAUGCAGGCUCCGCUAAUCAGUUGGAAACAGAAAAGACGCCCGAGCCAGUUCUAUCCAAAGAGAGAACUUCUCCGGAGCUGAAACCAUGGCCGAGGAAACGGAUGUUGUUGCUCUUGAUCUUGUUCCGUUGGUUGAACGCCGCGUUGACUCAGACUUAUUUUGCUCCUGACGAGUACUGGCAGUCUCUGGAGGUGGCUCACAAAGUUGUCUUUGGGUAUGGAUAUCUGACCUGGGAAUGGAGGACUGGUCUGAGAGGUUUUGCUCAUCCAGCCAUCUUUGCUGUUUUGUAUAAAGCCCUUGCUGUACUACAACUGGAUCAUCCUAUAUUAAUAAUUGUAUUGCCUCGAAUGCUCCAGGGCACAUUUUCAGCCAUUGGAGAUCUCUACUUGUAUAAAUUUGCUCGGCGUAUGUGGGGUGAGGACACUGCAAGAUGGGCUCUGUUCUGUCACCUCAGCUCCUGGUUUGUUUUCUACACGGCUGCUCGGACCCUUAGCAACACAAUGGAGAUGAUCCUGACAGUGUGUGGAUUGUUCCAUUACCCGUGGCCUUUGUACAUGCUCAAAGGUUCCCUCACAGACAGAAAUAUUUCCUCAGUUGGCUGGUAUCUGUUCUGCGCAUCAUUAGCCACCGUCAUGCGCCCCACAGCAGGUAUCAUCUGGAUUCCACUGUGUUUAUGGCAUCUAGCAAGAAGUCAAAACUUGUUCAUCACGCUCCUGGUAGAUAUGAUCCCAAUGGCCUCUGCUUCUCUCAGCUGUUCCUUACUAAUAGAUCGAUUGUUUUACGGCAAGUGGGUUUUUGUACAUUUUAACUUCCUGCGAUUCAACACUCUCUACAACAUCAGCUCAUUCUACGGGACGCAAUCCUGGCACUGGUAUCUGAGCCAGGGCUUGCCCAUCAUUAUGGGCACUCACAUUCUACCCUUCAUCCUCGGUAUACGACUCGCUGGACGUUCCUACAGACCACUUGUCAUACUCAUGAUGUGGACUCAAUUUAUUUAUAGCCUUUUACAGCACAAGGAGUACAGAUUUCUUCUACCUUUGGUUCCCAUAGCCAUGGCUUUUUGUGGGGUUUGUCUAAGAAGUCUUUCAAGAACGGGUCGGGCUACCGGCCUGGCCAUAUUCAUACUGUGUACCAAUCUACCGGCGUGUCUGUACACCGGUCUAAUUCACCAGAGGGGUACCGUUGAUGUUAUGGGGUAUUUGCAGACCAUAGCACACGCUCCUAAUGUUCACUUCAAAGUACCGUCGGUGCUCUUUCUCAUGCCGUGUCAUUCUACACCAUACUUCAGCCAUGUUCACGCUAACAUCUCAAUGCGAUUCCUGGAGUGCCCACCUAAUCUUAGUCGAUACAGCAUGGACACCAUGUACCAGAACGAAGCGGACAUCUUCUUUGAGAAUCCGUCCGACUGGCUCAAGUCGGAGUUCAAAGCCGGUAGUAAGCUACCGAGGUACCUCGUGUUCUUUGACGUACUCCUACCGAAAAUAAAAAGAUAUGUGUCAAGUAAAGGCUACACCAAGGCUGCAUCAUUCUUCCACACGCAUGUACCACUGGAAAGUCGAAUAGGAAACAAUGUUGUUGUCUACGCCAGGCCGCUCAAAAUUCCCCUAGCACCAGCGUGACGAGAAAUAAACCCCACCAAGUAAUCCACUUCGCAAGGUCGGUGCUACAAAAAAAUAUUGAAUUAAACAGAUGCAUAUUUUGUUCUUUUUUGAAGGACAUGUUCAGGGUCACCCCACCAAUCUAUUUUUUUGACAAAGAAAUAAAAAUUAUGCAUGUCUAACAAUAGUCCUGUUACAUGUGAGCCUUGCUAUCAUCUGCCAUGCAACUUUAGAAAAUACUCUUGUUCAGUUUUAUUUAUGUGUUUUAAGUUGUCACUAUAGUUCCUUGGUACACUGUAUUAAAUUAAAACCCUAACCCCUAUAAGAGCCCCUCUGAUCCACAUACCCUGCCAAACACAUCAGAAAUGAGAACCAUGCCAAAUGCAAAAAAAAAAGCAACAUGGGAUUUUGUUGCAUUGAAUUAGGACCGAGCAAGGGUGUUUGCCUGCUAUUGCUAAUAAGUGUGUAGUAGUGACUUGGCUAAUUUGUGGGGACCAUGAAUUCGGUCAAAUGCAACAAAUUCCAUCAAGGUAUAAACUUGACUGCCAAAACAAAAUGCAACACAAAUAUGAAGUCACUUGACAUCUAAAUGUAACAAAUUCAGUCAAAGAAUGACAUCUGAGGUGACUGCCAAUUGCAAAAGAUUAUAACAACUAUUGCCAUUUGGUCAAUGUUACAUUUAGCAUCGUGAGGGCUUUAAAGGGUAUAUGUACUCUUUCCUAACAAAAAACACAAUGUCAACAGAUUUACAUUAAACUUACACAGU